AUGUAUUUAUCACAAAACGGCAACGAUUAUCGAGAUAAAUCAGAAGUUGUUGAUAGAUAUGGUUUUUUUGUUACACCCGAAGAAUUAAAUUCUGAAGAGCCAAUUGAUCGUACUGUACUUCGUCGUCGUGAACAAAAAUGGUUGGAUAUGUUUUCAUCAUGGGACAUUUAUAUUAGAGAUAAAUUUGAUAAAUUAAAACAACGUUGUCGUAAAGGUAUUCCGCCAGCAUUACGUGGACGAGCAUGGUUUUAUUUAUCAUCAGCUGAAUUUCGUCGAAAACGUGCCGAACAAGAAUUUAAUUUUGAAAUAAAAAAUGUAUUUGGACUUUAUUCAACAAAAUUACCAACUGCCAAUGUUCUCUAUGAUAUUGAAAAAGAUUUGGCACGAUCAUUUCCUGAUCAUGAAAUGUUUCGUGGGGAUGGAUUUGGUCAAAAAGGUUUAUUUGAUGUAUUGAAAGCCUAUGCUGUUCAUGAUCCAGUUGUUGGAUAUUGUCAAGCUCAGGCACCCAUUGCUGGUAUUCUCUUAAUGCAUUUACCCGCUGAAGAUGCUUUUUGGGUAUUUGUACAAAUAAAUGAAGAAUACAUCAAAGGAUAUUUUAGCGAUGGAUUGAUUGCUAUCAAAGAAGAUGCAUUAGCAACAGAAAUUCUUGUUCAGCGUGUAUGUCCAAAGGGUUAUCAUAUCCUGAAAAAAUUAGAGGUUGAUCCCAUUUUGUAUACCCUGGAUUGGUAUAUGACAUUGUUUACACGAACAUACAGAGCACCAAGAAUACAUCGAAUUUGGGACAUGUUUUUUUGUGAAGGUGUCAAAAUAUUAUUUCGUAUUGCAUUAGUUAUACUAAAAGAUUCAUUAGAAUCAAGUGAAGCUGAAAAAUGUGAUAAUGCAAUUGAUUUAGUGUCUUUAAUUAAAUAUAAUGCCAAACAAUUCACAAUUGAUCAACUCUUAAUUAAAAUGGAUCAGUUGAAAUUAAAUGAUUACGAUUUGGCUGAUGCGUGUAGACUAGCACGAUUACAAUUACAUAAUGGACAAAAAAAUGGACAAUCUACGCAACAUCAACGAGAAGUGGGAGCGAAACGAAUUUUAGUAGGAGGAUAA